AUGACGGCUAAUUCUACUAUUGACAACGAAGUGUUAGAGGACGAACUGUCCUGGAAUCGAACUCUUCAUCAAACUCUGUCUCUGUCCAUCUCGGUGGUGGGGACGCUGCUCAAUGUGCUGGCCACGUCAGUGAUAGUCAAGGGAGGGCUCUACAAACAGAGCUCGUUCAAGUUCGUACUAAACCUGUUUCUCAGCAACUUCUUCUUGUGCGCGAUGUGUUUACCCAUUGUUUUUUAUACCACGCUUUCGCCAAACUUUGGAAGCAGCGGGCUGUGUCCCGUCUUUGGUUAUAUCAUCUACUGUGUUUUGGGGACGAAGAUGCUCAGUAUCGUACUAAUCUCCCUGAAUCGAUACUUUUUAAUCGUAAAGUACACGCUAUAUCCCAAAGUUUACACGGCCAGAAACAUCCGACUAAUGUUCGUCGUCAACUGGACAUUCUAUCCAUUUGUGUUAGCUUUUCCACUGUCCGAAAUAUGGGGGACAUUUGCAUACGAGAAACAUCGCUUUAUCUGUAACCCUCUUCACUCCAGUUGGGAUUACCGGGUAUUCAUCAUCAUCACCACUUUCGUCAUCACCGUGCCAGCUAUCAUUUUCUCUUAUGUGGGAAUUCUUCGCGUGGUGAACUCCAAUUUUCGAAGAGUGAACACAUUGCAAAAGGUAAAAGCACAGCGAUUGAAGAAUGACAAACAACUGGUUCGAACCAUUCUGGCAACCAUUAUAUUGUACACUACCAUGAACGUUCCUUUCCUCGUGUUGUCGAUCGCAGACCCCCACACGGAGAGCGUCAACAUCAUAGUCUACGACGUGGCCAUUUAUCUGGGCUGGUCGAACGCUCUGAUGAACCCUUUGAUUUAUUCAGCUUUAAAUAACCAAAUCAAGUCAUCUUUUAUGUCUGUAUGGGAACAAAUUUGCAAGAAAAAACCGCAAUGGCAUUCCCCAUGGAUAACAACAGACAUUGAAAUAAGAGUGAUUUCUGCACCAAACCACGAAUAAACACGUGACCAGACAUGUUGAAGACUUGUUGUCAUUGCACUAACCUCACUUGACGUCAUAGCCAUAAUAUUUAUAAUCGGCGAAUGAGUGGAAAUAUCAAUUUUGACAGAGAACGUAACAUAGUGCUCAUGCAGUAUAUGGUUUUGAUACGGGGUCCCCUCUGUUGCCCCAAAACCAUGAUAUAUUUCUCUGUUGCGAACAUUUGAUUUGUACCAAACAGCAUCUUCGCAAUGCCCCACGGAGACAAGUGGAAUGAGGAUGACCAAACAGCAUCCUCACAAUGUCCCACGGACACAAGUGGACUCAGGACCUCUGCCAUUGUGAGGACGACCAAACAGCAGUAAAAUAAAAA